CCGACUUCGACAUUUUUCUUUCUUCUCUCUAAUUUUUCUCUCUAAUUCUGAAUUUACCUUUUUUUUUUCCCUUUUUUCUUGAUUCCCAAGUUUAUUCCUUUUUUAGGUCCUGAUUCUAUUUAGAUCCCUUAUUCUUCCUUCAUCCACUCUUCCCCUCUUUCCUUCCUUUAUUCCUUUCCUUUCCUUUCUUCGGAUCUAUCUAUCUAUGCUCCCCUCCAAAUCCCACCGCCUUCUUUUAUUAUUUCAUCCACCCGUCAACCGUCUCUACGACCUUUGUGUCCCGAACUGACAGUGUUUUUAGUGAAAGGAAGGGAAUGAUGGAGAUGGGUUGUGCCCAGAAAAUGAAGAUCAGGUGUCACGACUAUGUCGAGGCUUUAGAGGAAGAACGAAGAAAGAUUCAGGUCUUCCAGCGUGAGCUUCCUUUGUGUUUAGAGCUUGUCACGCAAGCGAUUGAGACUUGCAGGAGAGAACUGUCCGGUUCGACGACGACGGAGUACGUGCAUGGAGGGCAAUCGGAGUGCUCAGAGCAGACAUCGAGCGACGGGCCGGUUUUAGAGGAAUUCAUUCCGAUCAAAAAAGGAUCUUCAUCUGAGGAAGAUGAGCAAGAAUCGCAUAAGCCCGAUAACAAUAUUAAGGAGAAGAAUGGCGAUAAGAAGAAAUCUGACUGGCUUAGAUCUGUUCAGCUUUGGAAUAAUCAAUCCCCAGAUCCACCGUCCAAAGAGGAUGCGGCUAAAAAUGGGGGUGUAGUGGAGGUAAGGAGAAAUGGUGGUGCGUUCCAGCCGUUCCACAGAGAGAAAAAUGGGGACAAGAGUGUUCCCUCAGUUACGAAACCGACUGCAUCUGUUCCGGCUACAGCAACAAGUUCUACAACAGAGAACCGUACUAAAGAGAGCAAUGGAAACAUCAAAAAGGAAGAGAAAGAAGCUCAGGCGUCGAGGAAGCAGAGGCGGUGCUGGUCGCCGGAGUUGCACAGACGGUUCUUACACGCCCUCCAGCAACUCGGUGGUUCAAAUGCGGCCACGCCAAAGCAAAUUAGGGAGAUAAUGAAGGUUGAUGGACUUACAAAUGAUGAAGUGAAGAGCCAUUUGCAGAAAUAUAGAUUGCACACAAGGAGACCAACUCCAACCGUCCAUAAUAAUGGCAACCCACAACCCCAAUUUGUAGUGGUCGGAGGAAUCUGGAUGCCGCCACCCGAAUACGCUGCAAUGGCUACAACAACAGCAUCAGGGGAAACAGCCAGUGUGACUCCAACCAGUGGAAUUUUCACACCAGUGGCUGCACCAAUACCCACAGUUCCCCAGACAGCAGGAAAAUUAGUGAAAAGACCACAACCAACACAAUCUGAAGAGAAGGGCAGCGGUAGUGAAGGGAAUUCACCAGCUUCAUCUUCCUCUACUCACAGCCACACCACUUCAUAGUUCUCAACAUGACGUGAGAGUAAUGUUGUACAAUUUUUUGUAACGAAAAUAUAGAGAGAGUGUAUCGCUGUUUGAGUUCUUAUUGCAAUCUUCUUCCCCUCCUGUUCUUUCUUGCCUGUAGAUUUUAAGAGCCGUAGAGGGUGGAUGGUGAAUGGUGAUAGUUAGCCGUGAAUAAUUGUAUUCCUGUAGUUUGAUAUGAAUAUUAUUAAUAUUCUAGUUCUAGAAACUAGAGCAGUUGAAAAAAUAAAUUAUAUUUUUUAUU